AAUCGCUCGCGAGCCUCCAUCCAGUCCAGUGCUAUUCCCUCCUCCGUGCGCUGCGCCGCUUUGGAUGGUCCCCUGACGGACAUACGACAACUCGCGAGUCGGGACGUUCGGUGCGCGUGCUGCUCUUCUCCUUCUCUUCGCAUCACUUCGCCGUUCUCCAACGGAACAUAGACCACCGAACAUUCGUAUCACUUUCUCAUUCCUCGUGAAGUUCCAGUCGCUAGCACGCCUUCUAGAUCUGUGUGUGUUGUUGGCUUCCGCAGUUUGCUUACUGAUUCGUACGGUGGUGAAUCUGCCCGUUUCUCGUCAGUGUUUCGCCCCUCGACACGUCGGCGAACACGACAACCUGACAGGAGUUUGGAACGUUGACACUGGAUCCCUCGUAUUCAGGGAGACCGAGAGCGGAGGGACGAGGCUUCGAUGCGUAGGACCAGGAGAGCCUGCUGAGCAAGAGACCCCCCUGCCAUGCUGUGCGUCUCCCACCUCCUGGUGACACUGGCAUUCGCGGCACCGCUAAACGCUGCGGUUCCAAGUUUACAAGACACACCACUAGAGCCAGUGCUGGCAGUGAAAGGGGACGAGGCACUCAUCGACUGCGUAGUAAAAGACCAAGCAAACUACACAGUGCUAUGGAGGAGAGUGUCGGACCGAGACAGGGGUGCCGUGCUAACGGCGGGAAAUGUUCGAGUCAUCAGCGACGCCCGUGUAUCAGUCCUCCAUAAUCCAGAGCAUAAUAACUGGGUCUUAAAGAUAACCGGGGUGCAGCCUUCAGACUCUGGUCGUUACAGUUGUGAGCUGAAUACGUCUCCAAACCAAAGGAUCACCAGGCUUCUCACAGUGCUUGAUGACGCAAAGCGGUCAAUGCCUUUUCUUCUAACGCACAACUACACAGAAUGUUGCAAUGAACGAGGAAUCCCUCCAGAGUGCUUUGGCUACUGUACGCUGCAGGGCAUCGUCACCGGCAGGCACAACAGCCCGAGGUCCUGUCUUGAGUACAUUGGUGUUCUCACCCAGUGCCUAACCGAUGGCAGGAACCAUAUGCCCUGCUGUGAGGCACAAAACAUUCCGGAGAUCUGUAGGUCUGUCUGCAUCGGUGACUAUAGCUUAUCAACAGUCACGGAACAUUAUACGUGCAUGGACUACACCAUGACCACUCUCGCCUGCAUUGCCAAUGGUGUCGAGCUGUUACCUGGUGCUCCUAAGAACCUCCAGGUGGAGCCGGUGUCGCCCACGGAACUGUUGAUUAAGUGGACGCCACCACACCAGGACAUUGAGGUGACGCACUUCCGCAUAAACGUCACCGAGCUGCAGAGCUUCGAUCCUGACUCUGCAAUGCCCAAAAACGAGACAGUCAAGGAAGUCUCCGCAUCAUCAUCCUCAACACUUGAAACGACACAGGCAUUUUCAGUCAAGGUGGAUGGGAACCAGACGACGUUCCACCUCCGCAACCUCAAGCCCGUCACGAUGUACGAGGUGACCGUGACGUCGGAAAACAUGCACGGCACCAGCCUGCCGACGUACGCUCUGCGCACGCUGACACUAAGCUCCGAGCCCAGCUACGACCUGCCGCCCCCCGCCGAGAAUGUGACGAGCAGCGGCAACGAGAGCUCGCCCGCCAUUCCCGACGUGCGGGGCUGCUGCGUUCAGAAGGGCGUCAAGCAGGAGCGGUGUCUGCGCACCAUGUGCGACCCCAGCAGAGCCGAUGAGACCACGUUGACCGACGUCAUGAUCUGUGCCCCGUGGGCAAACGUGACCUUCGCCUGCAUGGCGGACGGCGUGGACCACACGGGAUGCUGCCGCCGGCGCGGCCUUCCGGAAGCCUGUCUGGGCUUCUGCAAGGGAACCGUUAUGAGGGUGGACUAUCGCCACUUCCGCUGCCUCGAAUACAUGCCCUUCUACGGCAGCUGCCUCCUGGAGCAUUACGGGGUCUUACCUGGAAACCCGAGGGACUUGUCCGUCACGGCCCUCAGCAAGAAUUGGGCGGUGCUCAAGUGGAGCCCACCUGCUAAACUGCCAGAAACAGUGACACGGUACGGGCUGUACUGGAGAAGAUUGGGCGAUGACUUUGAGCCAUACUUUGCCGUGUCGAAUGUCAAAUCCCCCUACCUGCUGGACAGGAUAGAACCCUCAAGCGACUACGAGGUGUUUGUGGUGGCCGAAAACAAGUACGGGUCCAGCGAAGGAUCCGACAGAAUAGUACUAAGGACACAAGAUCCUGUACCUGACAAAGUGGAAACAACUACAGGCUACAAUGAAACUGCCUGCUGUGUCAACGCACGUGUCAAGGACAUCUGCAUGCCACUGUGCUCUUACAAGAUGAAGCUGGCGGACCUGCAGUACUUGAGCCCCCUGUGCCUGGACGAGAUGCACACCCUGCUGCGCUGCGGGGCCGGCGGCCGGGACCACAAGCCAUGCUGCCAGCGUUACGGCGUCAGGGACGAGUGCCUCUCCAUCUGUGCAGGGGAGAUCGCCCUCAGCAAGUACGACGUCACCGCCCUCAUCUGUUCCCGGGACGUGGGGGCAGUCCUCAAGUGCAUGGAGGAAGGCAAGGACACCAUCCCAACACCCCCCGAGGAGUUCCACGUGACUUUCGUGACGCCAACGUCGGUGCACCUCGUGUGGAACGCGCCUUCGGGCAACGUCAGUGUUGUCGAGUACCAGAUCAGAUAUGAGGCCUUCAACGGCACGGUUCCCCCACACCCAACAGAAUACACGCAGGAAGUGAACGUCACUACCACCAUGGCUAUUGUUGACAAGCUGACACCAAAGACAAGAUACAGCUUCUAUGUAACAGCAGCCAACGAACAGGGAACAUCCGUUCCAUCACUGAUUGUGCUUCUAACUACACCAGAGAAAGGUGUGGAUGAAAAAGGCAUACAGAGCACAAUCAGUCCGCCAUACGGCGUUGACGUCCUUCACGCCGCUGUCGACUCCAUCGCGCUCAAGUGGCUACCCCCGCUGCACCUACCGCUCAACUCCAACCUGAGCUACGUCGUUCGCUUCGCCCCAGUCAACACAACCGCGGACCAGUCGGCAUGGAUGAGCGUCACAACGCCCUUCACCUCCAUCAUCAUAGGGAACCUGACGUUCAACACCCAGUACGCCCUGUCGGUCAGUGCCAAGUCUGGCGGCAUGACCAGCCCCUCCUCUGAGGUGGUCCUGGCGUGGACAGACGCGGCCAUCCCGGCCUUUGUCAACCUGCCCCUGGUGAUCCCCAACGGUCCCAUCAUGGAGGGCAUCAACAUGACAGUCAUGUGCAUCGGGGUCGGCGUGCCCACGCCCACCGUCUCGGUGUACGUCAAUGGGAGGCUCCAGGUGCAGCUCCAUCAGCACCACGUGGCCAUCACGGUGCCCAGGGUGUCCCGCAAUGUGACCAAGGUGUCGUGCUUCGCAAGCAACGGGUACGGGCACGGUGCCCACAGCUCGGUAGACAUCCACGUCAUCUCCAGCCCCUUUGUGACCGUCCCGCUGAAGAAGACCUACACGGAGAUGGGUUCCACAGCCCGGAUGGUGUGCGAGGUGUCGGGGCACCCGGAGCCCCGCUUCCUCUGGUACCGGGACUCACAGCUGAGGAACCCGCUGGGAAACGACGAACACACCGAGUCCCUGUCGAGCCCCGACCCCCUGAAGCCCCACUACUACCAGUCAUACCUGAUUGUCAAGGGGGUCACCAAGGAAGACGCAGGGACAUACUUCUGCUCGGCGGAAAACCAGCAUGGGUCCAUGGCGGGAACUGUCACGCUCUCCGUCCUGGAGCGGUCUUCGAGGAACACGACACGUUGCUGUGAAACUAUUGGGGUAUCCCGCCAUUGCAUGGCCGCCUGUACCUUCGAUAUUGACAUCAAUUUUGCUGUCAACCGUCCCCAGUGCAUUCAAGAUCUGGACAAACUGAUGCACUGUGCUGCUGAUGGCAGUGAUCACAGGCAGUGUUGCCGGACCAAAGGAGUCCCCACUGGCUGCCAACGCUGGUGCGUGGGUAGGCCUGUCAUCCACACCACACAGUGUGCCCUGGCUGCCUCCAGGGAGAUAGUGGCCUGCUUUGAAGAGGGCAAAGCUAUGCUGCCUGGACCGCCCCAGAAUGUCAAGGUCCGGCAGCUCUCUCCAAAUGCGGUAGAAAUUCGCUGGGACCCGCCCAUUAAAAAUCCGGAUGUGGUUCAGUGGUAUAGGGUACUCUGGAGACAUGUCGGAUCUCAGAGCAUCAACAGGAAUGAAACCUUGAAGGCACCCUUCAAUUUGACAGAUCUGCCUACGGGCCUCAUCUACGAGUUCCUGGUGAAAGCAGGCAACCACUACGGCAUGAGUGCAAGCACCCUUCCCGUGGUAAUCCAUUCGUUAGGUUCCAGUUACCAAACCGGCCUGAGCAUGGGUGGAAAGAUUGCCCUAAUCCUGGUCUUGUCCGCACUUCUGCUCGUCAUUGCUGGGGUCCUGGGCAUCUUCUACUGGAAGAGGUGGAAGGCCAAAGCUCCAGCUUCGGGUGUCUCCUUCGAGAACCCGACCUACCUCAAGGACGGAGUUACACUUCAGAACACGAGCGGAGGAGGAGGAGGGGGAGGAGACAGUUCGUCAAAGCCGAGCGAACCGGUUGAAAACGGCGGCCACCGGAACGGAAGACCACGUGCCGUCGAGAACUGCUAUGAAGACAUUCGUGCUGUGAGACUCUCGUCGUGAUGAUUAGGAACAGUUUUUGUCAUCGCCACUCCAUCCAAACCUCCCUUUAACUGCUCAGCCAUGGCAACACAGCAGUCAGCAGUGGGUAGUUGCAGAGAAACUGUGAUCCUUUCAAAAGCCCGGUGACCAGCAUUUGUCUUACUUACAAAACGCUGCAAGCCCCCACACGGGGGGACGCCGCCGCUCAAGGUUCUUCAGAAACUCUUCUAGGCUUGAGGUGGCUCGCGACACAUUCGAUUCAGCAAGGCCAUCAGAACGACAACUGCAAGUCGUUGGAACCCGAUUGUACAUGUGCCUUCCCACCAAGAUACUGCAUCAUUCUUUGACACAAUGGGGUAUGUGUUGAGGGCAGUGCAGACGGCCUAUGGAAGGCGGUAGCUAGCACGAUUAUUGUGAGAAUAAUGGCAAUAGUAGUGUGGUGCUUUUGCAGGUAUUUGUUGAUCUUUUGAGUGUCUUUUUUUGUUGGAGCCUAGCUCAGGACGUUGAAAAUUUUAUGAAGCACGCUCGCUCCAGGUUCACAAAGUGCACUGGUGUGUUGCUUUAAUUAGAGUCUAUCUAUGUACCCUAGCUAAAGAUGGGUCCUAUUUUCCAUGUGUGAACAAUAUAAAUAUUUUCUUUACUUAUUACGAAUAACUUUUUCUAUUUUUUACCUAUGCUCCAUGAUGCUAGGCCAUAAAACUGGUCGGAGAAUGGCCACAAAGUUUCGGUACUUAAGUAGGCCUCCAGAUGGCACCACGUUCUCUGUAGUAGCUGCUAACAGCAUUUUUCAGUGCUGGCUGUAAAUAUGUGUGGCUUGUGAUAACAUAGAAAAGAUUUAUUACUGAAGAGUGUUAAAGGCAUUCCAUAUUUUUUAUAUACAAGACUUUUUGUUUCAUCAAUUUCAAGAGCUAUAGAAUUGGGCAAAUAGGAGCUUGUUGUGGUCUCUGCUAAAAACGAGUUUAAAAUAUCUCAUUCAUCAUGCAACUGUCAUAGCCAGCUAGCUGUUCAUGCACCAGAUUACGCUGUUAUGUAGUAGUUUUCUUGCAGACCUUUGUUUUUCUCCCCGUCAUUAAUUUUAUUUUAGUCAAUUAAAAUUUCACGUCGGACAGUCACUUCAAGUGCUUCGAAUGGCAGGCACACCAUGCACACCAUGUCCAGCACCUCAUAUUAUUUCUGUGUUUUGCAAUCUUGAGGUACUGAAACAAAGCUGGACAAGUCAACCCAGAUGCACAUGACAUAUUAUGCAAAAUGUUCCAGUGAAUCCCUGUUAACAAAAAGACGAGAAAAAUAACCUUUCAGUUGAAAAGAGUAUAUUUUUAUUGAAUGUACAAAACUAACGAAGAAAAAGGGCAUGCCUGUUGCAGUGUGCAACAUGUUGUGUGAAUGAAAUAUGUACAUACUGUCACAAACAAAACAAAAUAUGAAAUGCAACCACCAAGACCAUGCAAGUUAGGUUUGAUGGCAAGCUUUGAUACAAAUGCAAGUGUAAAUAAAGAAGUGAGGGUGGGCGCUACACUUUUCCAUCAAUAAAGCAUGUUUCUUUCAACAA